AUGCCAGGCAAGCACCAGCUCCACCUCGUCGACUACCUCGACACCAGCGAGGGCGGCGGUCAGGCCAAGCGGGCGGCCGUCGAGCGCCGGCUCGUCCGCAAGCUCGACACCGUCAUGCUGCCCCUCUUCUGCCUCCUCAACUUCUUCAGCUACGUCGGCCGCGCCAACUUGGGCAAUGCCAAGACGGACGGUCUGGAGAAGGACGUCGGCCUCCACGGCCAGGACUACAGCAACAUCAUCACCGCUUUCUAUAUUGUCUUUGGGUUCUGCUCGUCCUUUCUGUGCGUCACCACCAAGAAGUUCGGUCCCCGGCGCAUGAUUCCCAUCUAUGUCUUUGGCUGGGGUCUGAUGGGCACCUGCUCGGCCUUUGCCAAGAACUUUGGCGGCCUGCUCGUGCUCCGCGUCCUGCUCGGCUUCUUCGAGGCCGGCUUUGGCUCGUCGACGAUCCUCUGCCUCAGUCUGGUGUACAAGCGCGACGAGCUGGCGCGCCGCAUCGCCAUGCCGUACGUCUUUGCGGCCCUGGCAGCGGCCUUUUCCGGCCUGGUCUCCUACGGCGUCUUUCAGAUCAACAGCCCCGUCCUGCACGGCUGGCAGAUCCUCUUCAUCCUCGAAGGGCUCCUGACCAUCUCCUGCGCGCCCCUCGCCUACUGCUUCCUGCCCAACAAGCUGGAAACCGUCUGGUGGCUGACGCCAGAAGAGCGCAGUCUUGCCAUCGAGAGGAUGCAGCAGGACGGCUCCAAUGUUGUCGACUCGUCCUUCAGCCUCAAGGACUGCGUCAAGCCCUUUCUGGAUGUUCGCACCUACGCCUGGGGGAUCAUUGCCGUCUCCUACGGCGUCAGCGUGGCGACCAUGUCCAACUUUCUCCCGCAGAUCAUCUCCCGCCUCGGCUAUUCGACCGUCACCACCAACCUUCUCACCUGCGGCCCCAGCGUCUGGGGUGCCAUUGCCGUCUUUGCCAUCAGCACCUCGUCCGACAAGCUGCGGGAUCGCUCCGGCCACCUCAUCGCCAUCAUGUGCUUCAACCUCAUCGGGUUCAGCAUGCUGUAUGCCGUCUCGCCGAGCAAGAUCUGGACCCUGUACGGCGCCUGCUUCAUCGCUGCCACCGGGUCCUGGGUCCCUUCGGUGGUGUUUCACACCUGGCACUGCAACAACCAGCUCGACGAGAACAAGCGUGCGCUCGAUGCCGGCAUCUUUACCAUGUGCGCCAACGGAGCGGGCAUCAUCACCGCGCAGACCUUCCGCGCCGUCGAGAAGCCCCUCUACCGGACGAACCUGAUCGCCACGUUCAGCUUUGCCUCGAUCUGCAUUGCCGUCACCGUGGGCGUGCGGGCGUGGAUGACCAUCGACAACCGGCGUCGUGAUCGCCAGGAGGGCGUCCCGCGCAAGAGCUGGUCGGUCGACUCCAACGAGCUCGUGGAUGGCGAAAAGGACGUGCGAUGGCGAUGGCAGUACUAG